GAGAAGAAAGAGCUGGAGCCGCUCGCGAGCCUGCGAGGGAGAGAGAACGUGCGUGUCGCUGGGAAAACUCGAAGACUUCGCGUCAGAGGGGGGAAUAACUGAAAAGCAGAUUUCUUCUUAAAACAAUAAUAAUAAAAAAAACACAUAAACAUUAUCCCGUCGCCAGGAUUAUUACCUUAACCCCUGUGUGGUACAUAACGGACGCCUUUUAAUUUUAUUCGUGGAAUCAGGGCUGGUUUACUGAAUUGAAAAGUGGAUUUUUUAUGUUACAAAGUGAACGGGGAAAACGAAGAGGUUGGGAAGAGAGAAAUGCUAACGGCGGAGCAACGGAGAGAGUGCCAGUCUAUGAUCGUGUGAGAGCGGAGGAGACGAGGAGUACAAGGACCGAGGGGGAGCAGUGCCAACCCGGACCAUGGAGCCGACCCGCCGCCCGCCAGUGCCCCGCCUCUCUGUAGCGGCUACGCUGCUCGUACUGCUGGCCUGCAUGGCGCCACCCUGCCACGCCGACAGCCUGCCAAGUUUCAUCAAAUCCCCGGAGGACCAGAUCGGGAUUUCGGGAGGGGUCGCGUCCUUUGUGUGCCAGGCAGAGGGCGAACCCAAGCCCAGGAUCACGUGGAUGAAGAAGGGGAAGAAGGUCAGCUCGCAGCGCUUCGAGGUGAUCGAGUUUGACGACGGCUCGGGCUCCGUGCUGCGCAUCCAGCCCCUGAGGACUCACCGGGACGAGGCCAUCUACGAGUGCACGGCCACCAACAGCAUGGGCGAGAUCAACACCAGCGCCAAGCUCACCGUUCUGGAAGAGAACCAGAUCCCGCACGGCUUCCCCACCAUAGACAUGGGCCCCCAGCUGAAGGUGGUGGAGAAGACGCGCACGGCCACCAUGCUGUGCGCCGCCAGCGGCAACCCCGACCCCGAGAUCUCCUGGUUCAAGGACUUCCUGCCCGUGGACAUCAGCAGCAGCAACGGCCGCAUCAAGCAACUGCGCUCAGGUGGUACACCAAUCAGAGGAGCACUUCAGAUCGAGAACAGCGAGGAGUCUGACCAGGGGAAGUACGAGUGUGUGGCCAUGAACAGCGCCGGGACCCGCUACUCUGCCCCCGCCAACCUCUACGUGCGAGUCCGUCGCGUCCCGCCCCGCUUCUCCAUCCCCCCGACCAACCACGAGGUGAUGCCGGGGGGCAGCGUCAACCUCACCUGCGUGGCGGUGGGUGCCCCAAUGCCUUACGUCAAGUGGAUGGCCAACCUGGUGGAGCUGACCAAAGAGGAGGAGAUGCCCGUCGGCCGCAACGUGCUGGAGCUCACCAACAUCCGCGAGUCCGCCAACUACACCUGCGUGGCCAUCUCCUCGCUGGGCAUGAUCGAGGCCACCGCGCAGAUCACCGUCAAAGCCCUGCCGAAGCCCCCCGCCUCGCUGACGGUGACGGAGACCACCGCCACCAGCGUCACGCUGACGUGGGACUCGGGAAACCCGGAGCCCGUCUCCUACUACGUCAUCCAGUACAAGGCCAAGACCUCGGAGAACGGCUUCCAGGAGGUGGACGGGGUGGCCACCACCCGUUACAGCAUCGGCGGCCUCAGCCCCUACUCGGAGUACGAGUUCCGCGUCAUGGCGGUCAACAACAUCGGGCGGGGCCCGCCCAGCGACUCGGUGGAGGCUCGCACGGGCGAGCAGGCGCCCUCCUCGCCCCCGCUCCACGUGCAGGCCCGCAUGCUGAGCGCCACCACCAUGCUGGUGCAGUGGGAGCCGCCCGAGGAGCCCAACGGCCAGAUCCGCGGCUACCGGGUCUACUACACCACCAGCCUGGCCUCGCCGCUCAACACCUGGCUCAAGCACAACACCGACGACAGCCGGCUCACCACCAUCUCCAGCCUCAUCCCUGACACCACCUACAGCAUCCGCGUGCUGGGCUUCACAUCCGUCGGGGACGGGCCACCCUCCGACGUGCUGCAGGUCAAGACCCAGCAGGGGGUCCCCGCCCAGCCGUCCAGCUUCGAGGCGGAGGCGGAGCUGGACACCCGCAUCAUGCUGACCUGGCUUUGGCCCGUCCAGGACCCCAUCACCAUGUACGAGCUGGACUACUGGGAGGCCAAUACAGAGAAUAAGAUCCACGUCACCUUCAAUCCUGCUGGCUCCUAUGCCGUGGAAGGCCUCAAGCCCGACACGCUCUACAAGUUCUCCCUGGCGGCCCGCUCCGAAAUGGGCCUGGGAGUGUACACCCAGCCCAUCGAGGCCCGCACCGCCCAGUCCACCCCCUCAGCUCCCCCCCAGGAGGUGCACCUGGUCAGCCUCAGCUCCACCAGCAUCAAGGUGAGUUGGGUGGCGCCCCCCGCCGCCAGCCGGCACGGCGCUAUCGUGCGCUACACCGUGGCCUACCAGGCGGCGGGUGGGGAGGACUCGGAGAGGCACGAGGUGACGGGCAUCGGCGCGGACGCCACCAGCCACGUGCUGGAGGGCCUGGAGAAGUGGACCGAGUAUCAGGUGUGGGUCAGGGCGCACACCGACGUGGGGCCUGGUCCCGAGAGCCCCGUCGCUCGCAUCCGAACCAACGAGGACGUGCCGGGAGCCCCCCCCAGGAAGGUGGAGGCGGAGGCGGUGAACUCCACAGCCAUCCGCGUGACGUGGAAGCCGCCCCUGUCCGUCAAGCAGCACGGCCAGAUCCGCGGCUACCAGGUCAUCUACUCCCGGCUGGAGAAUGGAGAGCCACGCGGCCAGCCCAGCAUCAUGGACGUGGCCCUGCCCGAGGCCCAGUGGAAAAGUGAGGAGUGGACCGACUAUGAGGCCGUCAUAACAGGGCUGCUCUCGGAAACCACGUACUCGGUCACCGUGGCGGCCUACACCACCAAAGGGGAUGGGGCGCGCAGCAAAGCCAAAGUCAUCACCACCACGGGGGCAGUUCCCGGCAAGCCCACCAUGAUGAUCAGCACCACGGUGGGCAACACGGCCCUCCUGCAGUGGCAGCCUCCGAAGGAGAUGGUGGGCGAGCUGAUGGGCUACCAGCUGCAGUACAAGCGCGACGGAGAGGAGUCCUACACCGUCCGCUACUUCAAGAGGACGGACGACCACUUCACCGUCACCGGCCUGCACAAGGGCGCCACCUACGUCUUCAAGCUGUGCGCCAAGAACCGGGCGGGCAACGGGGAGGAGUACGUGAAGGAGAUCAGCACCCCGGACGACGUGCCCGCCGGCUUCCCGCAGAACCUGCGCGUGGUGGGCCUCACCACCUCCACCACCAAGCUGGCGUGGGACCCGCCGCUGCUGGCAGAGAGGAACGGCCGCGUCGUGCAGUACGUGGUGGUGUACCGCGACAUCAACAGCCAGCAGAACAGCACCAACAGCACCACCGACACCCAGAUGACCAUCCACGGCCUGCGGCCCGACACCACCUACGACAUCCGCGUGCGCGCCUUCACCAGCAAGGGGGGAGGCCCCAUCAGCCCCAGCAUCCAGAGCAGGACCAUGUCCACCUCCUCCGCUUUCGCCACCAGCUUCGGCGUCAAGGCCGUGAUGAAAACCUCAGUGCUGCUCACCUGGGAGGUCCCCGAAAACUACAAGCCUCAGAUGCCUUUCAAGAUCCUGUACAACCAGCAGAGUGUGGAGGUGCAGGGGAACCUGAAGCGAAAGCUGAUCACCAAGCUGCAGCCCGACACCGAGUACUCCUUCGUGCUGAUGAGCCGGGGGAACAGCGCCGGGGGGCUACAGCAGCAGGUGUCCAUCCGCACCGCCCCCGACGUGCUCAAGACCAAGCCCGUCCUGUACAGCCGCGGCCAGGGGGAGCCCGGCCGCCUUACCAUCAACCUGCCCAAAGUGCACACCAAAGCCGUCGUCAGGUGGUACUACAUUGUGGUGGUGCCAGUCACACAAGCGACGUCCCGCAGAUGGGAGAACCCAGACGAGAUGGAGCUGGAUGAGAUCCUGGAGGCCAGCGGUCACCCCGACCUGAGGAGGAGACGCCGGCGGCAGGCCGAGGCCCUGAAGCCCUACAUCGCCGCCAAGCUGGCCUCCCUGCCGGACACCUUCACCCUGGGCGACGAGAAGAAGUACAACGGCUUCUACAACAAGCCCCUGCCCGGCCAGCAGCAGUACCUGUGCUUCGUGCUGGCGGCGCUGAAGGACCAGGACGCCGUCACCGGCGAGGAGAAGCAGAUGACGUUUGCCGCCAGCCCCUACUCAGACCCCAUCAAGGUGGAGAUCCCCAGCAUGUCCAAGUCCAUAGAGGAGCCGGAGAUGCUGUGGGUGAUGGGGCCCGUGCUGGCCGUCGUGCUCAUCAUCAUCAUCGUCAUCGCCAUCCUGCUCUUCAAGAGCAAACAAGAGAGGAAACGGGCCUCUCCCUCCCCCAAAGACGAGCACUCCGGUGGCGUGAAGGACUCCCUGCUCUCCAACUCGUCAGACCCUGUGGAGAUGAGGAGGCUCAACUACCAGACCCCAGGUCCCAGUGCCCCCAGUUGCCCGAACACUCCAAGCAUGAGGGAGCACCCGCCCAUCCCCGUGUGCGACCUGGCCGACCACAUCGAGCGCCUCAAGGCCAACGACGGCCUCCGCUUCUCCCAGGAGUACGAGUCCAUUGACCCUGGCCAGCAGUUCACGUGGGAGAACUCCAACCUGGAGGUCAACAAACCAAAGAAUCGCUAUGCAAACGUCAUUGCCUACGACCACUCCCGGGUCAUCCUCUCCUCUGUUGAUGGUGUGCCAGGCAGCGACUACAUCAACGCCAACUACAUCGACGGCUACCGCAAGCAGAACGCCUACAUCGCCACGCAGGGGCCGCUGCCCGAGACCUUCAGCGACUUCUGGAGGAUGGUGUGGGAGCAGCGGGCCAACACCAUCGUCAUGAUGACCCGUCUGGAGGAGAAGUCCCGCGUUAAGUGUGACCAGUACUGGCCCAUUAGAGGCACCGAGACCUAUGGCAUGAUUCAGGUGACCAUGCUGGACACGGUGGAGCUGGCCACUUACAGCGUGCGCACCUUCGCCCUGUACAAGAACGGCUCCAGCGAGAAGAGGGAGGUCAGGCAGUUCCAGUUCAUGGCCUGGCCGGACCACGGGGUGCCGGAGUAUCCCACGCCCAUCCUAGCCUUCCUGCGCAGGGUCAAGGCCUGCAACCCGGCCGACGCCGGGCCCAUGGUGGUGCACUGCAGUGCUGGCGUGGGUCGGACAGGCUGCCUCAUCGUCAUCGAGGCCAUGCUGGAGCGCAUGAAGCAUGAGAAGACCGUGGACAUCUACGGCCACGUGACCUGCAUGCGCUCCCAGCGCAACUACAUGGUGCAGACGGAGGACCAGUACAUCUUCAUCCACGAGGCCCUGCUGGAGGCCGCCACCUGCGGCAACACCGAGGUGCCCGCCCGAAACCUCUACGCCCACAUCCAGAAGCUCACCCAGGUCCCGCCGGGGGAGACCGUCACCGCCAUGGAGCUGGAGUUCAAGAGACUGGCCAACUCCAAAGCACAUACCUCAAGAUUCAUCAGUGCCAACCUGCCCUGCAACAAGUUCAAGAACCGGCUGGUGAACAUCAUGCCCUUCGAGUCGACGCGGGUGUGUCUGCAGCCCAUCCGGGGCGUGGAGGGCUCCGACUACAUCAAUGCCAGCUGUAUCGACGGAUACCGGCAGCAGAAGGCCUACCUGGCCACGCAGGGCCCCCUGGCCGAGACCACCGAGGACUUCUGGAGGAUGCUGUGGGAGCACAACUCCACCAUCGUGGUGAUGCUGACCAAGCUGAGAGAGAUGGGCAGGGAAAAGUGCCAUCAGUACUGGCCCGCGGAGCGCUCCGCCCGGUACCAGUACUUCGUGGUGGACCCCAUGGCAGAGUACAACAUGCCCCAGUACAUCCUGCGCGAGUUCAAGGUCACCGACGCCAGGGAUGGCCAGUCCAGAACCAUCCGUCAGUUUCAGUUUACUGACUGGCCCGAGCAAGGAGUGCCAAAAACUGGGGAAGGAUUCAUCGAUUUCAUUGGCCAAGUGCACAAAACCAAGGAGCAGUUUGGACAAGAUGGACCAAUCACUGUGCAUUGCAGUGCUGGUGUUGGCAGGACAGGAGUGUUCAUCACCCUCAGCAUCGUGUUGGAGAGGAUGAGAUAUGAGGGCGUGGUCGAUCUCUUCCAGACCGUCAAGACGCUGCGCACCCAGAGACCAGCCAUGGUGCAGACAGAGGACCAGUACCAGCUGUGCUACAGGGCAGCGCUGGAGUACCUGGGGAGCUUCGAUCACUAUGCAACGUAACCACUCCUGGACAAGACCACAGACCCCCCCCCCCUUUCAGGAGUGCCAAGUGUUCCUUCUGAGCCAUAACCGCCCACCUAAUUCUGUACAGAGAGCUGCCAGAGGGAGGGGAUGGAGAGGUUGGCCAGCCAUCAAUCAGAGCCAUCCACUCGGACUGGCACACAGUGAUCGCUUUAAACCCCACCCCCUCCAACAGAAAGCAACAGCUUCCAAUGGCAUCCUGGUUUCUAAACCGCAUACAGCGGCCCUCUCUGGCCGUCUUAUGCUACUGGUAGCACUAAAAUAUUUUAUUGGCUUUUUUUUAUUACCAUUAUCAUUAU